UGGACUUGAGUCUGUUUCACUUUCCGUUCUAACUGCUGAGAAGUGAAAGCCAAACAACGCGGCGGAGAAAGAAAACAAGUCGUCCGGUGUCUACCUGGCCGGGAUCACUGACUGGGGAAACAGCGUAUGGGUGUGAUCUGUCAAUCAAACAUAUAGACGACACGUCUUAUUGUCAGGUCGAGUAGAGGAAGUGUGUGUUGUAUGCGGACAGGACUGCAGCAACACCACCCGAGAAGGUGUAAUUAUGGCUUCUGAAGUUACAUCGAGUGUCGAGUUGAAAGAAGCGGAGGAGCUGGCCCUCUCACUGAGCGAAGCCCUCAGCAGCGGGGACGAACAGGAAGCAGUCAAACUGUGCCAGAGACUGGCACAGUUGUCCGUUCCAGUGUCCGUCACGGUCAACAGUCAGGCCUACCCUCAGGACUCCAUAAGGUUGUGGGUUGGAGUGGAGGAUGCUCAGUCAGAUGCCUACAUCCCAGUGACUGUUGUGGUUUCUUGUGACAUGACAAUUGCACAACUUAAAGACAAGAUCAGCCAUGACUUUGGGUUCCUCCCCUCGCUGCAGCGUUGGGUGAUCGGGAAGCGGUUGGCCAACGAUGGGGAGUCGUUAUACAGCCACGGUGUCCGUCAGGACGGAGACCAGGCUUUCCUGUUCAUCCUCUCUGCCGAAGCUGCUCAUCUCACACGGCAGCAAUAUAAGCAGGAACAGGAGCAACAACGCAUAGAGGGCAUCAUGGAGUCAAUGCAACUUUUCCCCAGAGGGCUGGGUGGAGGUGGUGGUGAGAAGACAGCGCCUCCUCCAGAGACUCAACACAUUCCUCCUCCUCCUCCUCCUAAACCGGCCGUGCCUUCUGAACCUCAGUUGGGCUGGGCCUGUGCUAUGUGUACGUUCUUGAACAAACCAACGCGUCCUGGCUGUGAGAUGUGCGGAGGGGACCGGCCAGAGGAUUACCAGGUGCCUGACAUCUACGAGCCAGACCAGGAGGAGGUUCUUCGUAUUCAGCAGGAACAGCUGGCCAUGUUGCAGUACGAACAGGCUCAGAAGGAGGAACGAGAGAGGAACUUCCUACACCUAUUGGCAACAGAAGACCAGAACCUUAUCUCCAACACCACAAACACAGACUGUCCCAUCUGCUUCUCUUCCUUGGAGCCAGAAGAGGGCAUCGUGCUCAGAGAGUGUCUACACACCUUCUGCAGGGAGUGUCUAAAAGGGACAAUAGUGAACAGUCAAGAUGCUGAGGUGUCCUGUCCUGAGAAAUGUGACAGCAAACUACUGGACCGAGAGAUCAAAGCACUGCUCACAGAAGAAGAGCACCAGCGGUUUCUGGAAUUGCGUCUAAACAUCGCAGAAAGCCGCUCAGAGCACAGCUUCCACUGUAAGACUCCCAACUGUCGAGGGUGGUGCAUCUACGAGGAUGAAGUCAAUGAGUUCCACUGUGAACUCUGCAAUGAAACCAACUGCAUUCUCUGCAGGGCCAUCCAUAAGGGCAUGAAUUGCAAGGACUACCAGGAUGACCUGCGCAUCCGAGCAGAGAACGACCAGGCGGCUCAGCAAACUAAGCAGAUGCUAGACAGCCUGCUACAGAAUGGAGAGGCCAUGAAAUGUCCACGGUGUGACAUCAUCGUCCAGAAAAAAGAUGGCUGUGAUUGGAUCUGCUGUUUGAUGUGCAAGACAGAAAUCUGCUGGGUCACCAAACAAGCACGCUGGGGACCAAAUGGCAGUGGCGACACAUCUGGGGGCUGCAGAUGCAGAGUCAAUCAUCAACCUUGCCAUCCCAACUGCCAAAAUUGCCACUGAGAGAAGCACACUAAUGAACACAACCCUUGGGCUGUCAAUGCUGGCUACAUUAAUGUGUUCUUCACUUACUUUUAGCUUCGUUUUUUAAUGGUCUGGUAACAAGACACUGUACUUUGUUUGUGCAGGAGCAAUGAUGCAAUAUGAAUGCUAUACACAAAGCUGUACAUACUGUCAGCGCUAUCUACUACAUCUCCACACCUGAGGUUACUAACUGUUAAAAUUGU